AUGUCUGCAUACUACCAUUACAACGCCCACCCAGCGCACCCCGCCCCCGUGUCGCACAACCACCAUGGUGGCCGAAAUCGCAGAGCUCCCCGUCUUUCUGUGUCCCAACAAGCUCAACGCCAGUUCCGCGGUGUCCGCAGCAUGAAGGAACUCAACGAGACUGCUUCCCUCACAGCCUUCCGAACCAAGUUCGAGACCAGUCGAUCCUUUGACCUUGAAGAUGACAUGUAG